AUGUCUGAGACAAGAAGAGCUGACAGUGUCACUGUUAAAAUUGAUAAUAUACUUGAUAACUUGUCUUCUACACCUUCGAAGCCCUCAAUGUUUAGAGUUGCUCACCAUUUACGCAGCAUAAAUCCAGAGGCUUAUGAUCCACAAAUAAUAGCCAUUGGCCCAUUUCACCGCAGUAAACCUAACUUGCAGAAGAUGGAGCAACACAAAGUCAGGUAUCUAAAGCUGUUUCUUCAAAGAAGAAAAGAGUCAAGUGUAGAAAGAUAUGUUACCACAAUAAGACACUUAGAAGACAGGGCGCGGAAAUGUUAUGCUGAAGACAUCCAACUUGAUGAAGAUAAGUUCGUGCAAAUGUUGAUUCUUGAUGGCUGUUUUAUCGUCGAAUUUCUCUAUAUGUAUCAACACAGAAAAUGUAGGGACAAAGAUGACCCCAUUUUCCAGUAUGAACAUAUAAAAAGUCAAUUGCUUCAUGAUCUAAUGGUAUUUGAGAAUCAGAUUCCAUUUUUCAUCAUUGAUCAUUUGUUCAGAACGAUCAAGAUCAAUAAUGAAGACAACGUCAAUUCUCUAAUAUGGCCUUUACUGCGAAAUGGCAUUUUCCCAGCGGAAGUAAAAGUGAGUGAUCUUUUUGACGCCCCCAUUAAUGGUCACCAUCUUCUUGGCAUUGUACAUCACUUCCAAUGUUCUUCAUUUGCAGAUAGAUUAUCUUAUAGGAUAUUACCUCAUAGGGAUCCUGAAUAUCUACAUAAUAUAGAUUCAGCUGCAGAGCUCGAGAAAGCAGGGAUUUCCUUCCAAAAGUCAGAAUCUGAUAGUUUGUUUCAUAUUGAAUUCGAAAAUAAAGUUAUGAAGAUUCCAAAAUGGAAAAUUUCUUUUUCAACAGAAUCAUUGUUCCGAAACGUGAUUGCAUAUGAGCACUACAACACAGACAGUCCUCGAAAAUAUGUGACAGACUAUGUAUUCUUCAUGCAUUGUCUCGUCCAUUCCCCUGAAGAUGCAAAAGUGUUGCAACGUUCUAGAAUCAUUAUAAACUUUUUGAGGAGCAAUGAAAUGGUUUACCGUGUAAUCAACCAGCUAGGCAAGAAUAUCAUGACUUCUGUUCAGUUUCCAUAUUCUAAUAUUUUCUCCAGUGCAAAUGAUCAUUGUGCGAGAAGAGGGAAUAGAUGGAUGGCAACAUUAAAGCAAGAAUAUUUCAACAAUCCAUGGACAACCAGUUCAGUCUUUGCUGCCAUUGUGUUGCUUGUACUCACCAUCAUACAGGCUACGUUUGCUAUUCUCUCAUACCGCAAUGAUCUCAAGAAGGGGAACUGA